GAUAACCGCGAGGAUAGCCAGGAGCUAGAAGGUAUCAACGGCUGGGACGGCGGCAGCUGUGCCCGGGAGAAUAGCAUCACUGGUGUGCUGAUGUGACACGACGGUAAAAUUCUUGCGCAGAGGCCGCUAUUGCGACUUUUGGUCGGCUAAUGAUAAUAUACGCAAGCGAAAUGAAACCAUUAGCUGCCAUUAACAUUGUCCAAUAGCAGUAGUGUAGUAGUAGAAUUAACGCUGAUACUCCGUAGAGUGCAAGUGACGGCACUAUUCAAUGUCAGUGGCGUCAACCAGCCAAGGAAACAGCUAGGUAGCCAGCGAAGAAAGCGCGCGGCGACUAAAAGCAGAAACGAAGACAAACGCAGGACACCGGCGACACGCUUUGCCCUAAGAGGGCUAAUAGCCACUUACAGCGUAGCUAUUUCUUUCCGUCUGGUUUGUAGUGUUCAACUCAGUCACCUUCGUCAUUUUCCCCAAGUCUCUGUCUGCACUGUACGGCCACCGGUGUCGCUGUUAACCAAAGUCCUGUGCACUGCUGUCUGGUGUGCGCUACAGUCUAGAGGGCGGAGAAGAUGGGGUACUUAUCCCAUUGACAAUCAGCGUUCGACUUCCAAGCAACUUUUCCGUGGCUUUCCGUCUUUAUAUCUCUCUCUCGCCCUCCUUUUUCCUUCCUCAUAUGUGUCGACAACAAAAAGAAGAACUCCGUUUACAGCACGCGGUUAUUACGCCAUAGCGAUUCAAUAAUUGGUACAAUUUGUUUUUUGCUACAAGGCCACCGACAUACUCUAGUCAGCCGGUCAAACGUGUCAUAACACUGUCACUUUCGACAAAGGAUACGAUGGUGACGACGUGCAAGAUCCCGUUCUAAAGUCACCGUUGUGACCAUUGUACUAUCGUGUUUUUGUCUUUUACGUCUGGUACUUAAGUGGCUAGGCACUACUUUGGACAGCUGACUACGUCUGGAGUCGAACCUCUACACCACCAUGUGUUCCUAAGUUUAGAAAAUAAACAUAUUAUCCACUGCCCUAUCACUGGGGCUUAACCAUUGUCCUGAAUGGUACUGUCCGACGGUGCAGAAGGCAAAUAGCAAGAAGCAGUGUGACGUGAUUAUCGGCUCAAACUUGCAAAUUAAGAAUAUUCGAACAAAAUGCACUGACAGCUAUUGACGACCGUAGUACAACCUAGCUGGUCACCGUGUCCGUGUUAAAGAUAAUCACAAAUGCAACCAAGCGUGUGUGCUAGUCUCUGAAACAAAUGCUUAAAGCUUUGGCAAUAGGCGAUUUGAAAACGAGGAAAUGCGAAGCCUUUUUCAUUUGAUUGCUUGGAAAGGCACGUGCAUUUAGGCAAAGAUAGGUGGGGUGCUUUCCUAACAAAAAAAGAAUACCAUAUUUAUCUAUCUGCAAUUGGGCAUCCAAGUGGGAGACGCAGCUUUCCACUAAUUAUCGUGCAUGACCUUUGGAUACCUACGCAAUUCAUAUAUUAACGUUGUCUGCUUUGAUCGUCAAAAGGAUGUCACUCAGAUGGAGAAUAGUGCAAAUAAUUUCAACGGUGGCUGUUACGCGCUGCCUUUACUGUGCAUUUCUCGGGAGUGCCGAUGCAGCAAAAGAAGGUGAGCUGCGCCUCUCCAUAGGAACUCGAAUCACUACCCACGAAGGCCAAGGCCACGUUGAGGUCUACCAUAAAAAUCAGUGGGGUUCGAUCUGCGACGAUGAAUGGGACGAAGCCGAAGGCAGAGUUGUAUGUCGUAAACUUGGUUUCAAAGGAAUCGAUGUUGUAACGUAUGACGGAGAAUUUGGUGCUGGACGACAAAUCUUUAUGGAUGACCUCUACUGUUCCGGUAGCGAAGAAACACUCACUGAGUGUCAUUUUCCUGGUUGGCAGGUGCAUGAUUGUGAACCGACGGAACUGGCCGGCGUGAGGUGUAUCCGUGAGGAAGAGACCACCCCUCGACCUUUUGUCGAAGUAGGUAAAAAUGAUGUAGGAAUCUCGAUUGUCGACCUCCCGCCAGACAAACCGCAAGAUUUCUUCGAGCCCCUCAGGCUCAAGGAAACCUAUCGUUCUAACGGUGGCCUCGUCGGUCUGUUCAAGAGGCUCUUCCCGACGGACCUCAGAAUCCGACUCCGGAACGGUCGCACCCUGAUGGAGGGUCGAGUCGAAGUGUACGACGAGCGACAGAAGCUUUGGGGUCUAAUUUGUGCUGACGGCUUUGGUAUGCUUGAAACAAUGAGCGUAUGUCGACAAGCUGGUUUCGCAUACGGCCAGCAAAGUGUUCGGGGCUCGGCUUUCGCAACCGUAAAUAUUUCUUCAGUGCCAAUAUUGAUCGUAGGUCUCAAGUGUAAUGGCGACGAGCAAAACCUGGCGGACUGCAGAUACACACCUGUGAUUGACACCUGUCCUGAUAACAGCUUUGUUGGGGUCGUGUGCGCUGAAGUAGAACUUCCUGAUUUGGUCAUCGACAAAGAUGAGUUAGAGCGUUCGACAUACCUUGAAGACCGGCAAUUGACAUUUCUUACCUGUGCGAUGGAGGAAAACUGCUUGUCGUCUUCAGCGUAUGAGAUUGCAGAUCAUGACCGUUUCUAUUUUAGUCGCAGGCUUCUGCGUUUUACCACUCGAGUGGCGAAUACCGGGAGCAUCUCAUUUCGACCAUUCUUACCAAAGGACCAAUGGAUAUGGCACGCUUGUCAUCAGCACUACCAUUCCAUGGAGGUCUUCGCACACUACGAUGUAGUUAAUGCAACAGGCCAGAAAGUGGCCGAGGGCCAUAAGGCAUCCUUUUGCCUUGAAGAUAAUUUCUGCGAUCAGACAACUACCCAGGUUUACGCAUGCGCAAACUAUGGUGAUCAAGGCAUCUCCGUCGGUUGCGUGGAUACGUAUCUUCACAACAUUGACUGCCAAUGGGUGGACGUGACCGAUAUACCUGUAGGAAACUACACGUUCAAGGUGAAGAUCAAUCCCGAUUACAAACUAGCCGAGGCGACGUUCGAUAAUAACGCGGCUUCCUGUGAGCUCAUCUACACCGAACAAUAUGCAGCCGUAAGAAAUUGCCUCUAUGAACGACCCUAAGGGAACAAGAUUGAAUUAUAUAAUUAAGCCAUUUCCUAUGCGUGCUAGAUUCAAUCAAUUGACAGCCUUCGUCCUAGGCCAAAACUGCCACUUCAGUAUGAACGUGUUGCGCGGGAGAAGAAUAUCACUCUAAUUUGAUUUAUUACACUGAACGUCCAUCAAAAUGUACAUUGCCACUUUUUGGUGUGCCUCCUGAUGCAUAUGCAUAAAACAGAAUGCAAUUUACAGAGCUGAGUUCAACGAGUCUGAGAACGGCAAGCAUAUUCUUCAAUUGGACAUUAUUAGCACGGCAAUGCGUUGUACCGCACUGAAGAUUCAAGAUAUUUAUUAGAUAUUCUGUCUCUUAGUCUAGAUUAAGACAGUUUUAGAAACCAAUUCAUAUAUAUGGUGCACAUGCACACGGAUCAUAUAUAAUCACUUAUGUAUA